AUGACUGAAUCCAAUCCACUUUUCCUUUCAAUAGAUGGUGGUGGUACCAAAACAAAAGUCACCAUAUCAACUUACUCAAAAUCAACAUCAAAUCAAUUUAAACCACAAAUCCUUUCAACUGCCAUCCAUCGUUCAUCAAAUUAUUCAGAUCUAGGAAUCGAUUCGGCCAUCCAAUCAAUCCAUCAAGCCACCCAAAAAGCUUUAUCAUCACUUCCAAUCGCUUACUCAACUUAUCUUAAUAGAUUCAAAACAAGUUGUCCGUUUACCAAAAUAUGGGCUGGAUUAAGUGGAGUGGAUAGUCCAUUAGAUAUCAAGAUUAUGUACAAUGCUUUAUCGAGUUUAUUUUUGAUUGAUACAUCUGAUUCAAACGUUUUAGAAGUAUCUAAUGAUUGUGAUUUACUUACUGGACCUAUUGAAUUUCAUUACUUAGAAUCCAUUCAUCAUUCAAAUCCAUCUAAAGUAUGUCAAGGCGGAAUCGUUUUGAUUGCAGGUACAGGGAGUAUUGUAACAGCUUAUAUACCCAAGAUUUUAGAAGCUGAAUCGGAUCCUACGAAAUCUGUUUUACAAGUAGCAGGAAGGUUAGGAGGAUAUGGGUAUUUAAUUGGGGACGAAGGAUCGGCUUAUGAUGUAGGAAAACGAACGAUCAAAUCGAUCCUAGAAGACUUAGAUAGUUUAAAUUCAAAAGAUAAUCUUUCAUUCAACUCAAUGAUUUCUAAAUCGACUUUGAUUCCAAUGAUCUUAAACCAUUUUGGUGUAGAAAACUUAAACGAUCUUUUAGGUUCGGUUUAUAAACUUGAUAAAUCAAAGGGAGAAACAGAACAUGAUCGAAAGAUAAGAAUCUCAGAAGUUUCUAGAAUCGUCAUGCAAGCUGCUUACCCAAAGAAUCUUGACCACCAAGAAAAUCAAAAAGGCGAUGAGUUUGCAUUAAGGAUCAUGCAAGAAACUGGUCAAGAAUUAUCUAAACUUUUAAAGAAGAUUUGUCAAAUUCAUCAACUUUUGCCUUCUCAAUUAGUUUUAUCAUUAGGUGGAGGUAUGUGGGGUUAUGAUGAAUUUCAACAACUUUUGAUUCAACUUACUCAUCAGGAUUGGGAUGCUCAAUGGGGUUGGAUUGAAAGAGUUAAUGAACCUGAUGAAGUGGCUGCUGUCACUCUUGUGAAUAGGUAUAUAAAAACUUUGGAAUCGGAUGCUUCAACACCAGCUUAG